AUGUCUCUGGCCAAAGUCGAGAACGAAUUGCCAAAGAAAAGACCUUCAGCUACCCGUGUGACUACCGUGAUAUCUUCCAUAGCUUUUAAUCCGACAAGUGAGAUCCUUGCAUCUGAUGAUGCAGUCAAAGAUAGACGUCACUGUACCAGCGACUAUAUCGCCGUUUAUUCCGGAUCCACGAUAUCCAGCCCGUUACUCACGAUGCUCUGUGGAAACAAAAAGACCUCCAUCGUUCACACCGGACCGAAUCUACUAAUAGAAUUCAGAACUGGGCCAGAAGUGCCACCUUUCGACUACAACGGUUUUGUGGCGACCUUGUCCUUUGUUGAAAUCACAACCGAACCACAAACCACUGUUACCGUAGAGAGCACCAGCAAAACUCUAGAAAUGAUCAGAUCGCCCAACAGUAGCAGCUUCAACAAACAAUACAUUAAUGGAGACCUUAACGACCAUCGAAAAGACCAAGGUACAAUGGGCUGCGAUCUCGACGUGGGAGGAGAAAAAAUCCGGGCCGGACAUCAUGACACAAGAAAAAAGCAAAAGAACAUUACAUGCCGACUCGUGCUUCGUGGUCGCACCUACGAUACAGCUCACGUUUCGCUGGCCAGCUUUAACCUUAGUGCGCCGGGAUGCAAGUCGAAGAUCAAAAUUUACGACGGAUUACGGGAAAGCGGAGUAGCCGAGAGCAACAAGCUGCUCGAAGAGAUCUGCAGCCCUGCGCAAAGCCUCCCCAAGGAAUUCGUGCUGCCGGAAAGGUACGUUGAACAACGGCGGUAUUCAUCAUCAGGAAGGGACAUGACCAUCGUUUUGGUGCGCUCUUCUGAUAGUCCAACGGAUGAAGAAUAUAUGGACGUUUCAUAUUAUUUUCACGAUGAACGUGAAGGAGGCACUCAACAACCAGCAAGUGUCUGUGACGUAGAGUAUUUUGGAUUGAGCUCACCGGAGGAAGGUUCGGUACUUCACCCCGAGCCUUACAGGCUCUUUGUUUUGGAAGGUCCUGUAAAGUGCAAGCAAUACUUUAUACCAGCACCUAAUCAGUCGGUUAUCAUCACGGUGGAGAACAGUACAAAACAAACUCCAGGCAGUCCGUGUGAUACAUGGUGCGGUGACAGCGGAUGUCAAUGUAACAGCAAAAAGUCCCUGGACGACAUGGACCACCUUCUGCUGGUCUCGGAGACUGGUGCCGUCGUCACGUGCCUUUGCGGAAACUAUCAGGAGUGGCAGCCUGUUGGCAUAAGGAGUUGGACCCCGGUCUACAUCGAGUGGUCCAGAUCGUCGGAGACUGGCCUCAGCUUUAAGGCCGCCUACAAAUUCGUGAGAGACUCCUAUUGCGGUGUGCACAAUAUUACAAGACCCGAAGGCGAGGUCAACGGUGGAGACCUUGCCAGUCAUGACCUCAAAUUGAACCAGUAUUAUCAACAAAAAUGCACCUGGGUCUUGUACUCCCACACGGAUCGACAGCUGACCAUCCAGGUGGAGUCCGGACAAAAUCGGCCCUGUACAGCUUGGAAUUUAACGAUUCACGAAUACAUUAAGGACAACGGCACUGUUGGUCCAAGACUGCACACCUUCUGCUCUAGGGAUCAACACAAAACGUUUACUUUACCCUGGAAGAUGAAUACUGCAGUAGUAAGGUUGCACGCGUUAAGCAGAACGGCACCGCAAUACACGAUAAGAUGGAAAAGCGACUCCGUUACGGCAAAUACCCGGAAAAGUGGGCCUUCUCCCGCACCGAACCAAAUAGCAGGAUCUUCAAAUAGGAAUAUGGCUGACAAAAUGCUCCUCCACUGUACCCUGACGAUUAUCCUCGCCUUUUUCAUAGCCCGUUGAAUGUCCUCACGGGGAAUCCUGCGUGUCCGCACUUGGAGCCAAGCAAGAGCCCAAAAGAGGCAACCGAUAAAUGUUGAAACUAGGUAAGCCAAGUUCUGACAAAACACCGCCACGUUUCAAUAACUCCGAAGAGAAGAUUACGGAAGAACGAUAAGGGCGGAAUAUGUAAAUUAACUAUUUCCCCGUAGAUGCAGGUUUCUCCCUUUCGUAAUGCUGCUUAUACUUUUCGAGUAACUCCUCCACCCUUAAACGCUUCGCGAAGUUUACACCGGAACAUCCACGAGAAUAUUAUUUCUAUGGAAAUUGUACCUUUUCUAGUUUACGGUUAUUUGGAAAACUUUAAAUAAUAUGUUGAAGGAUUUUGAGAGCGGCGAGGUUAGUUUCAUUUCUGACGGUUCUCAAGUAUUAUAGAUCGACAAAAGUACUGUCCGUCGACAGCCAUGUUGUACAUAUUAUACAUAUAGAGCUAUUUCACGGAAGGACGUAGUUAAAUACUACGGAAAUCCUUCAUGCCCUCUCGUAAUCCCUCACGUAACAUGCAUCGGUAAACAGUAAAAAAAAACAACAACUUAGUGGAGUGUACAUAAAAGCAGUAGGUUAGUAGGGUUUGUACAGAAUACACUGGACGAUCGUUCGAAGAACUUAAGGAAUUAUUGUAAAGCAAUUAGUUCUAAUAUCGUAGAAUUCUAAGUCGACCUUAAGAGGAAAUUAAGGAAAAUGUAUUUUAACGAACGAGCUUCGCGUGUCCAUGACACUUCUCGAUUUACUGUUAUAAGGAUCUCUAGAAUCGUUCAGGAUAUCUCUGGAUAAGGACCCACGUGAUUCCUUUUCGUUAGAAAAUUCUAUGACGCAUGAAGUCGUAAAACAUAAAUUUCAAGAUUCGAUUCUUAACCUAUUUUCAUUUAUAAAUCUCCUUCGACACCUUUUCGUGGAAUUCAAUAUUCGUUAUUAGCAAAUGAUUCCUAUUUUCUAUAUUAGGAGUUAUCCCGAACAGUUCCAAUCAUUGAGAAUCAAUGAUUAUUCAUUCUUUAUUAAAUUGCGGAGAAAGGAAGGAAACUAGGCACUAAAUAUUUAAUGUACGUAACUGUUGUAAAUCAGUGCGAGGUUACAUGGAAGAUGUUGGUUGAUCGACUGAAAGGGAAAGAAAGAGAUCAAGAAGGUUUACACGGGAAAGUAUGUAUGACUCGGUGAUGAAUUUUAUAAAAUGAAGUAACGUUCAUUGUUUGUCGCCAACCACUUGUGAACUUAAACGAGAAAAAAGAAGAUUAGGGAUAUGUAUCGCGAAAUGUUUAGUUUUUCAUUUAAAAAAUUGUAUUUGUUAUUCCCCGCUCGUAAGGUCCGUAAACAAAAGAUUGCUUUAUUGCUCAAACCUCAUUUACAUCAUUAUUAUAUUUUAACACUUUUUUUCUUUCACCUUAGUCGAUGAUUUACGAGGAAGAACGAAACAUUAAAAAUUCCUAUAUUGACAAACCAUUCUAUUUCGAAAACAACGGAACUCCUGCAAUAGUUCAAAUCGAUCGAACGAUCGAAGCAUCGUUAAUCAUACUUCUUUUAUCACGGACGUGAUUGCAGCAGGUGCAAUGAACGGGAGCGCACCACACCAUUGCUGCAAAGGACCGUUCGCUAAAUAAUAUUUAAUAGAUGACAUAUCAGCCACGUCGUUCAGCCCUUGCAGUAUUCAUUCCGAGUACCAAUGAGUAUUACGGGGGAAUAUUAAUUUGAUUUAAUAUCGGCAAGAACUAUCAUUGAUAGUAUCGCGUCACUGAAAUUGAUCAUUUUCGUCAUUAAAUUCAAAGCAGUUGAAAAUCAGUGAAACAGAAGUACACACGGCGGGAUUUAAUUGGUCAUUAUGAAAAUAUGUGGCGUAUAAAUAAUCAUCUAUAAUAUCGGUUAAUCAACCCACCGAUAAUUGCUCUGUCUAUUAUGUAGUCAAUUAUUAAAGUGAUUAAAUCAACGAAUUCUAUCCUACUGUUCGUUCCACGUUAUUUAUAUAUUAAUGUACGUACAUACGGCGCACUGAUAAUUAUUUUAAUACCGAUUUAUUCCUACGCAAGACUGUGGCGUCCUUUGAUUUCCUGUACGUAAAUCCGAUCUAUUAGAAUAGGAACUUGAUAUUUUAAUUUUGGGGUCAAUUAAUUCUUCUCUCUAAUCGAUCGAUCGAUUUGAACUGGAUUCCUGGAUGAGGAAAUUGUUGGAAACGGUUCGUUAUUCUGGAAAUGACUUAUCCCGUUAAAUUUUCAUCACGUAGAUACAUAGAGAUAGACACUCAGGAAAAAUGACACCAUUCGAGUGUUCGUCUCCCGACCUCAUCAGAACAAGGAUGAAAGUCUAUCGGUUAAAAUUAAAGAAACCGAACGAAUAAAGUAAAGCUCUCACAUCGAGCCAAUUAUCGGUCGAAACGAGCUGGCCUAUCUGAAAGGUUGAUUUGCCGCGUCUCUAAAAAAAGAAUCUUUAAUAGUAAUUUAUCAUUAAUUAGUUCAUUGCACCAUAUUUUUUCGUCAAAUGUAAGACAGCCAGCACAAGGUGUUCAUACACUUAAUCUUACGGUAUGACCCUUUUUUUACAUUCUACAUUCUACAUUUUUUACAUUUUACAUUUCUACAUUCAGAAUUAUUAUUUAAGAAAUAUAUUAACAACAUAUGUUAGUGCGCACUUAAUUUCGCAAAGUUUAUUGAAAUGAUACUUUGAAAAAAUGAACUGGAGCGUUCUAAGUAAGUAAUUUACCGAUUGUCGAUUAUAGUGAUCCUUUUAUUUCGCUUAAAAAAAAAUGCAUCUUUAUUAAACGUGUCGCAAAAUAUUAAAUUAAAUGUAUUUAUAUCGAGAGCGACGACUGAGCAACCUUCCCGAUAAGCCCCUCAAGGCGUCUCACCUCCGGAUGGAUAACUACAUGUUACAUGUACUAGUCGUGUAUAUCUAAGUCACAAUAAAUAGUCAAUUGUUUCAUAUAAAAUAUAAAUAAACUACAAAAUAAACACUAUCAUA